ACCGCCUCUUCGACGUCGAAUAUCGUCCAGUCCCCGCCAUGAAAACUCUUCCUUCACCCCAUGGCCUCUCGACCGACCCUCCUUCGGAUAUACGAAAUCUUUGACAAGCACCGCGCUGCGUCACUCUCUGCAAUUGGCGCCGUCGCUGCCCUCUCCUACACCCUCUAUGACUAUCUAACGUAUCUUUCCUACGGGCCCGGCGGGCUGCCCUACAAUGCCACGGGAUGGCUGGUUAGUACCGUCCUGCUGCGCGCCAUCUCCCGCGAAGGCCUCUCUACCAGAAUGUACGACAACCCCAAGCUCCCCUUCGCUGACCAGCCCGGGUACCUGCCCGCGUCCCUGCCGCAGCGAGCCUCGAAACGACCGCGAAUCGGCCCGCACCCCGUCCCGCAGCGACAGCUCGGCCAACUGCCCAGUGAAGAGAUUCGACAGAAGCUGCUGGAGAGAUUCUCACAGCUGGGCUACAAGCUAGAGGCCAGGGGCCUAGUCGAGGUCCGCCAGAGCGUAAUGGAACUGCAGCACAAGGGCAUCUUCGUCCCUCGGUCGCGCAAGUGGCAUACUGUGGCCCAGGAAACGCGCGGAGAAAUAACUCACGUCCACGCCGGCCUCGACGGCAGCAUCCACGUGACGCUCAGCCCUGACGACUGCAAAAAAGUCAUCGAGGCGGGAUGGGGACAGCGACACGGGCUGGACGGCGUGCGAGUGCUCAAGAAGCUCGUCGGCUUCAUCAUGCCCGUCAAUUACAUGCUAAUCUAUGCCCCACGAGACGAAGCGGAGAUCGAAGUCGCCAUGACCAUCGUCAAGGCCGGCAUUGGCUUCAUGACGGGUACCCGUGAGGCCUUGGAGUAUUUCUCGCCUUUUGGAGUAUGAGAGGAAAGCCGACAGCUGAAUUUUGUAUGGAGAAAAGCGAGCUCCCACUUUCAUGGCCUUGACUCGCGCGGCUGUGGGGCGCUUCCAAAUCCAGCCGCUCUCUUGCGGGGUAGCCUCGUUCCUCCACACUUUUGUGGCUGAGCUAAUUCACUGGGCUUUUUGGGGUAACUCCUCCUCGUCUCACCCUCUGCUUCUCCUCAAGUCUGUCCGUUCCUCUCCUCCAAAUGUGUUGAAUGUGUUGAAUGCGUUUAUCUGUGGUGAGAUAAUAUUCCAAAUAACAGGCUGUUUGCGCCCG